UUUUUCCCCCGUGCCACCGCUUCCCGGGCCGCGGAGAGGCACGGGAGCAGAGUAGGGUCACAGGGUGUCUGGCCAGAGCGGCCGGUACUCCCUACCCUCGCCGUCCUCGCGUGAGUGCGGGGCAGCGGCCGCGGGACCCUAGACCUCCGCGUCCUGCAUCGCCGCCCCCAGCCCCGCGCGCGAGCGUGGACCGGGAGAGCCAGGUGCAGGGCGCCGGCCACCCAGACGCUGCCGGCGGAGAGCGGAAAAAUCAUUGUUUCUUCUCUGGAGGGUGAACAUUUAUAGAAUUGACUUCAAGGAUCUGGUAACAUGGCAAAAGAUGCCGGUCUAAUAGAAGCCAAUGGAGAACUAAAGGUCUUUAUAGACCAGAAUCUUAGUCCUGGAAAAGGUGUGGUAUCAUUAGUAGCUGUUCAUCCUUCGACAGUAAACACCCUUGGAAAGCAACUCUUGCCAAAAACCUUUGGACAGUCCAAUGUCAACAUUGCACAGCAAGUGGUAAUUGGUACACCUCAGAGACCUGCAGCGCCAAAUACUAUCCUGGUAGGAAGUCCACACACCCCUAACACACACUUUGUAUCACAGAACCAGGCUUCAGACUCCUCACCUUGGUCUGCUGGGAAACGCAACAGAAAAGGAGAGAAGAAUGGCAAGGGCCUGAGGCAUUUUUCAAUGAAGGUUUGUGAGAAGGUUCAGCGGAAAGGAACCACUUCCUAUAACGAAGUGGCAGAUGAACUGGUUGCGGAGUUCAGUGCUGCUGAUAACCAUAUUUUACCAAAUGAAUCAGCUUAUGACCAGAAGAAUAUAAGACGACGAGUCUAUGAUGCCUUAAAUGUCUUAAUGGCCAUGAACAUUAUCUCUAAGGAGAAGAAAGAAAUCAAAUGGAUUGGUCUGCCUACAAACUCGGCUCAGGAAUGUCAGAAUUUAGAGGUAGAGAGACAGAGAAGACUUGAAAGAAUAAAACAGAAACAGUCUCAACUUCAAGAACUUAUUCUACAGCAAAUUGCCUUCAAGAAUUUGGUGCAGAGAAACCGCCAAGCAGAGCAGCAAGCGAACCGGCCCCCUCCCUCCAACUCCGUCAUCCACCUCCCAUUCAUCAUCGUGAACACCAGCAAGAAGACCGUGAUCGACUGCAGUAUUUCUAACGACAAAUUUGAGUAUCUGUUUAAUUUUGACAACACGUUUGAAAUCCAUGAUGACAUAGAAGUAUUAAAGCGAAUGGGAAUGGCUUGUGGAUUAGAAUCAGGAAGCUGUUCUGCCGAAGACCUUAAAAUGGCAAGAAGUUUGGUACCUAAAGCUCUGGAACCUUAUGUGACAGAAAUGGCUCAGGGAUCAAUCAGCGGUGUAUUUGUCACAUCAUCAGGUUCAACUUCAAAUGGCACAAGGCUUUCUGCCAGUGACUUGACCAACGGUGCAGAUGGGACAUUGGCCACAAGUUCCAGCGGGUCUCAGUACAGCGGCUCCAGGGUGGAGACGCCCGUGUCUUAUGUCGGGGAAGAUGAUGAUGACGACGAUGACUUUAAUGAAAAUGAUGAUGAAGACUGAUUUUCUUGACUUGUAGACUCCCCUUCCCCCUUCAAAUUCAGCUUCAGGAAAAAAUUGUUAGGGAAGAGAAACUUUUGUUUUUUUAAUGUGGGUUUUUCUCUUUUCUUUUUGGCCUACUCCCAAGAAGAUAUUGGUAAGCUAUUGACUUUAGAUACGCACCUCCAAUAAGCAAGCAAGGAUGUUUUUUUGUAGGAUUUUUUAAAAUGUGGUGUGGAUGUGUGUUUUGACACCAGUGUGCUGAUGCAGAGUCUUUAUUUACUUCUUAGGAUUUUGUGUUUUCAUUUUCUAAUUUUUUUUUUUUAAAUUCAGAGUUCAUUUUUGCCCCCUUAACAAUUCUGCUGAGUUUGCUGAAGAAAUUGUACAUCAUCCACAUCAAUGACAAUAAAAUGCUAUCCUUUUGUGGAAAAUGGUACACUGAAUGCCCAUUUAUUUGCAGUGUGUUUUGAAUGGUGCCACUAACCAAUGGAUAGCAAGAUGACAUAGCAAGUUUUUAUUUUAUUAAAUCAUGCAGUGUCCAAAGAACCAAGCAAAAUAGCAAAGCUCUACUUUUUUAAACAUUAAGCGCCAUAAAUUUUAUUAUGCCUUUAUUUUCCCUUAAAUUAUCUAAACUAUUGUGAUUCCAUCAAGCUUAUACUUUUUUUUUGCUCUAUUUUGUAGCAAAUUACAAAGGUUUUUUUGUUUGUUUUUGUUUUUGUUUGUUUGAUAAAAGUUUAUUGCCAUGCUGGUGCAGCUAUAUAAACUAUCUUGAAGGCUUGGAAUGGUUUAUUGCUUAUGGUAAAAUUUGCCUGAUUUCUUACAGGCAACGUUUGGAAACUUUUUAUUAUAUAGUUGUUUACAUACUUCUAAGUCUAUCAUUUAAAGACAUGUACUGAAACAAAUGUUGUAUUUGUUUCGUAAGCAUCUUCCUGUAAUCUAUUAUAAAGUUGAAAUUAAAUAUAGAGAAUGUUUUAACAGUUUUUUAACUCAAAAUUUGUCAAUCAUUUUUAAUAGUUCUUUUUUUAUAAAAAGAAAAAAGGAAUUUCAGGACAGGCAGUAGUCUCUUUUAAAAUUUAUUCACAAAACAAUUAACUGCACAGUUGCUGUUAGCUGCCUGUUCUAAAACGAUAGUCUUUUUAUUGAAACACAAAUAAACUUUUCUGUAAUAUUUUAUGGAAUAUAAAGAGACUUUAAUUGUUUGACUUGUUUAACUUGGCACUGUUAGUUUUUAUUAAUAAAACGUGCAUGGGCAU